AUGCCUAGCAUCUCUACCGACCCUAAGGACGCAAACUUUCCUUUUGACAACCACGACGCGGAUAUCAUCCUCCAUACCAGCGAUUUCGUGGAUUUCUACGUCUACAAAAUCAUCCUUGCCCACGCUUCCCCAUUCUUCCGUACCAUGUUCAGUCUCCCCGGGCCUCAGACGCCCACCGUCUUCGAAUCGGGCAUCAAAGAAGUCGACGAUGAUCCACCCGCCGAACAGAGAUUCGGCAUACCCAUCAUUCUUCUUACAGAGGACUCCGAGACGUUGGAGGCGUUGUUGAGGGCUGUUUAUCCGGGGCUUCAGCCGAAGAUCGACGACCUCGACGAUGUUGCCCGUCUGCUACAGGUCUCCGAGAAAUACGAGAUCGAGGCGUUUCAUCCGAUGGCGCGCUUCAUACUCAAGGAACAAGUGGAGGAACACCCCAUCCACGCAUACUCCAUUGCCUGUCGCUUCGGAUUCAACGACGUCGCCAGCUGCGCAGCCAAGGCAUCUCUCCACGUCAGAUACACCGACAUCGUCACCUCUCGUGCUGGCCCUGUCUCUUUUAUGACUGUGCCACAGCAUCAACGCCUCCUGGAGUACCAUCACAGGUGUGGCGAGGCGGCGAGUCGGGUGGCGUCGUCUUACCAGUGGGUGCAGGAUUGUCGGGAGAAGUUCAACAGGUUCUGGAUUGGUCACACCGGCGGAUGCCAGGAGAGACACAAGUUCUAUUCGUCCGCCCAGGCAGGGGCGCAGCCAUCCCAGACGGUGGAGGCGCCGGCGUAUGUAUGGGACUAUCUGGCGAGGGCGGAGCGUGCGUUGAAGGAGUGGCCGAGUGCGUCGGUGGUGACCAGCAGGGACUUCAUAUUUGCUGCACAUGAGACCUGCAACCAGUGCAUCACGGACAGAAGGGCAUGCAUGGGGAUGUUGAGUCAAUCGCUGGCUGAAGCGGUCGACCUUGCUCUCAAUCAGGUGCCGCAUUUCAUGGCCUGACGCAUAAUUGUCUGUUGAAUCUCUUCUUCCGUUGUUUUCUUUCUCCAGCGACCUCAUUUUCUUGUUGUAACCUUCAUGACACUUACGAC